AUGGCGAAAGACAAGGGAGACAAAUCGGGCUACCAGCUCAAAGUCCCCAAAGGCACGAAAGACUGGGACGGCAAAGACAUGAUCAUCCGCAACAAAAUCUUCGACACAAUCAAAGAAGUCUUCAAAACCUAUGGCGCCGUGACCAUCGACACCCCCGUCUUCGAACUGCGCGAGAUUCUGGCGGGAAAGUAUGGCGAGGACAGUAAACUCAUCUACGACCUCGCGGAUCAGGGUGGCGAGCUCUGUUCGCUGCGAUACGAUCUCACCGUGCCAUUCGCAAGAUGGCUGGCCAUGAACUCGAAUAUCAAGGAGAUUAAGCGGUAUCAGCUCGACAAGGUCUACCGGCGCGAUCAACCUGCUAUGACAAAAGGCAGGAUGCGGGAAUUCUAUCAGUGUGACUUCGAUAUUGCCGGUUCCUAUGACCCUAUGCUGCCGGACGCUGAAUGCAUGAGUAUCACAUGUGAGAUCUUCGAGAGAUUAGGUUGGCAGGGACGAUACAUGAUUAAAAUAAAUCACCGCAAGAUCCUCGAUGGUAUAUUCCAAGUGUGUGGUGUACCAGAGGACAAGAUACGCACAAUAUCGAGUGCAGUGGACAAGUUAGACAAAUCACCUUGGGAGGAAGUGCGGAGAGAGAUGGUCGAGGAGAAAGGACUGGCAGAAGACGUAGCAGACAAAAUUGGCGAAUAUGUGGUGUUGAAAGGCGGCGUCGACCUGCUCGAACGAUUACAAAAAGAUGAACGAUUAUCAGCCAACGAAUCCGCCAAAGCUGGUCUGGCGGACAUGGAACUCCUCUUCCGCUACCUCAAGAUCGAUGACGUGCUAGACAAAGUCUCCUUCGACAUGUCGCUCGCUCGCGGCCUCGACUACUACACCGGUGUGAUCUACGAAGUAGUAACCGAGGGCUCCGCACCGCAAACAUCCGAAGGCCAAGAUCUCCAAUCUACCGGCAAGAAGGAGUCGAAACCCAAGAAGCGCGCGACGAACAUGGAUGGCGACGAGGACCGCUCAAACGAUCCUAGUGUGGGUGUUGGCUCAAUAGCAGCCGGCGGGCGCUACGACAACCUCGUCUCCAUGUUUUCCGGCAAACAGCAAAUCCCCUGUGUCGGCAUCUCCUUCGGCGUAGAACGAAUCUUUAGUAUAACGAAACAACGUCUCGCAGCCGAUACCAACGCCGCUCAGGUCCGAACAAACGAAACAGAUGUCUACGUCAUGUCCGUUGGCGGCGCCGGCCUAAUCGAGCAACGGAAAUCUGUCACCCGAAGACUACGGAGGGCAGGUAUCAAGACGGAGACGGCGAUGAAGGAGAAACCGCGGUUCGAUAAGCAAUUCAAGGACAUGGAGAGGAAUGGGACGCCUUUUGCGCUUAUACUGGGGGAGGAUGAGUUGAAGCAGGGCAAGUGUAAGAUCAAGAAGAAUGGUUUGCCUGAAGGUGAUCCGGAAAAGGAGGGUGUGCUUAUUGAGAUUGAGAAACUUGAGGAGGAGGUUGGUGGGAGGGUUCAGAAGUGGUAUGACGAGAGUGCCCUAGCUGAGAAGGCCGGGAGUAUGAGUCUCGAGGAGGAGGCGAGAAAGGCGCCGAAGACAAGUUGA